GGACAGCGAACUGUAUGUAAACGCGCUUAUUGAAUGGCAUUCGGUGUCUCGCCAAGCUCGUCCCCCACCCGAUCAGAUUCGGCUUUUCGUCGCGAUAUCCAAUGAGUUCGAUGACCUAUAAUUUAGGUGGCCUGUUCAGCAUUGGCGAGGACUUUGAGGACGAGGACCUGCUCGGGACAGACUGGGCUGUCCGCUCGCCGCCGGGACCGGCCGCCGUGGCGGCUGCUGUGUCAUCCCGCGCCCUGCGUCCCUCCUGGGUCGCCCGCCGAGAGCCGGGGGAGGAUCGCCCUCAGCGAACCGCGGAGAGAUCAGCCGCCCUGUGUGUGGGCACGGCGUCGAGGAGCAGCGAGAACACUGUUGCGGGACAAACUGUUGCUCCGGGUCUGAGGCAGCUCUCCUCCUCCCCCCAGCCUCGCCCCCUCCGUCCUCCCACGCUGAAUAACACUCAGCCUAAAUUGGCAUCACCACAGAGUCAUGCUGACCCCGAGGCGUCGCCGAAGCCCCGUGUGGCUCAGGAUGAUUUUGAUGACUGGGAUGUCGACCUGGCAGACCUGGAUGAGUGUGACGUCCCGAUGGGGCAGCCGCCGCAACCUCCUGCUCCCACCUCACCUGCUCUCACCUCACCCGCGCCCACAGUCGAGCCCGCAUCCUCAGCCAAAGUGCUUCGACCACCGACCUGCGGAGGGAUUCGGACACUGCCCGAGCGGACCCGGACGGAGCUCAGUGCUGCACGCCAACCGUGUGGCUCAUCCAGUCAUAACCUACCCCUUCGGACCCUCUCCGCUGCUCACGAGCGAUCUCCAGCUCCCCCACAGAGUCCUAGUGUUUUCCCUGGCCUCACUGCAACUUCUCCUGCCCCCAGCCCCAUUUCCAGGACGCUCAUCAGGCCCCAGGAGCCACAGAGACCGUGGGCAACUACAGUAACCUCCCCUCAGCCCCGUGGCCUUUUUGAGACAGUCUCCCCAGCACCCCCUUCCUCCUCCUCCUCCUCCCCUGUGAGCUCCACCGCUCUGAGCCCUCAUCCCCUUCACACACCGGUCCUCACUAACCGCCUGGUCCAGCUGGUAUCCGCCUCGAACAAGCUCCCUAAGAAGAGGCCUCGCUCUGAGCCUCACCGGCCCAGGGCGCGACGGUUCCCCGGCCCCGCUGGACUCCUGCCACAGCAGCCGCAGGGUCAGAGCCUGGACGACAUAGUGGUUUCUGUUUCUCAUGCUCCAGCUCACGGUGCUGUGGCCCGGUUGCCGAGCCAGGGUUCCAGCUCACAGACCGAGGAGGACGAGUUCAGUGGCGGCGCCUGGGCAGCGAUGAAGGCAGAGAUGGGAUUGGAUGAGAGGAACCCGUCGUGCUUCCUGCACUCCUACAGUGUGGUCAUGGUGCUUCGGAAGGCUGUACUGAAACAGCUGGCGAAAAACAAAGUGCCCAACAUGGCUGUGCUUCUGAAGAGCAUCAUCCACACACACGCUGAUGCCAAGGCUGUGUUUAAGGACCCGACAGAUAUUGAUGGUCUAUUUAUCGUCAUGGCUCUGUUGUUGUCAAUAUUAUGGACUGAAGGGGAGAUUCAGGGAACUGUGCAUCGGCGUCUCCUGGAGGACAGAGCGGAGGAGCUGAAGGUCGGAGCCGUACUGCUGCUGAAACAAGUUGGUGUGUUUUCCCCCUCCCAUCGUAACCAUUACCUGAAUGUGACACCCAACAACCUGCUGAGGAUCUACGCCCCCGAUGGAGUCAGUCUGCCCUCCACUCAGCUCCCCCCACUGGUCCCGGAGUCGAUGUUGCCGUCACCUGCUCCGUUUCCCACCAUCCCCCGGGAGCCGGUAUCUCGGAUGCAUUUGGUGUUUGACGAGGAGGACGACGAGGGACAGGAGGGUGAAAGAUGCACAGAGGGAGGCAAAGACCCUCAAGCCCCAACAGACACUAGAGUCAGCUCCAGCAGAGGCCCCCAGGAGCCUGCUGGGAAUCCGGCCUCGCAGGACUUAGGCUGGGAUGCAGAUGAUGACUUGGACGAGCUCCUGGGGGAGUUACCUGUGGACACCUACAGCCUGUGACGUAACUUGACAUCAGCAAACAAACAGACUGUCUUCACUGACUGGAGUUAUUUCAUGACUGACAAACAGCAAACACGUUUCCCUUUCUUUUCCUCUUCCAUCACUUCUUUAAAAUCAUAUUUGUCUGAAAGAUUUCUUUUUCCUAGUGCUUCAACUGUUUUCAUUACCCUGCUCAUAAAUACCACAGACUGUAGUCUUGAGUUGAUUUGUUGUUACUGUCUCAUAGCAAUGCAUCAUUGAUAAUUGAUGUGUUAUAAGAAGCAGUCACUUGAAGCCCAAACAUGCUCAUAAAUUAAUUACAAACCUCCAGAAAUCGGUCCUGUUUUAUUUCAGCUCC